UUCUUUAUUAUCAAAACAGCCUUGAAGCCUGAGGUAAAUGGAAUUUCAGGAACAAGUUCUGGCAUCAGACAGACCUGGGUUUGUAUCUAGGCCCCAUUAUUUAAUAGCUGUGUGACUAUGGGCAAGUUGCUUUACAUCUCUGAGUCUCAGGUCCUCCAGGUCGCAGCCUUGGGAUGGAAGUAGUCAUGAACCUUUCUGCCUGGCCUCUGUUCCUCCCUAGAUUCACACAGGCGGCAUGAUCUCUGAGUACCAUUUGUCUGUUUGCUUUGUAGGCAUCAUCACCGAAUCUCCUGGAAACUUCUCAGAUGCACCAUGAACAUCUCUCACUUCCUGGCCUUGCUGCUCCCAGGAUCCUCACAGGGUCAAAACAGGAGCAAGUCAAAGGGCAUCUCGUACAACUUCUCUGACCACUGCCAGGAUUCUGUAGACCUGAUGGUCUUCAUUGUUACCUCUUACAGCAUUGAGACCGUUGUGGGGGUCCUGGGCAACCUCUGCCUGAUAUGUGUGACUAUUAGGCAGAAGGAGAAGGCCAAUGUGACCAACCUGCUCAUUGCCAACCUGGCCUUCUCUGACUUCCUCAUGUGCCUCGUCUGCCAGCCACUCACAGCUAUCUACACCAUCAUGGACUACUGGGUCUUUGGCGAGGUCCUUUGCAAGAUGUCAGCCUUCAUCCAGUGUAUGUCGGUGACGGUCUCCAUCCUCUCGCUUGUCCUUGUGGCCCUGGAGAGGCAUCAACUCAUCAUCAAUCCAACGGGCUGGAAGCCCAGUGUCUCUCAGGCCUACCUGGGGAUUGUGGUCAUCUGGCUCAUUGCCUGCUUCCUCUCCUUGCCCUUCCUGGCCAACAGCAUCCUAAAGAGUGUCUUUCACAAGAAUCACUCCAAGGCUUUGGAGUUUCUGGCAGAUAAGGUGGUCUGUACUGAGUCCUGGUCACUGGACCACCAGCGCAUCAUCUACACCACCUUCCUGCUGCUCUUCCAGUACUGCAUCCCCCUGGCCUUCAUUCUCUUCUGCUAUGUGCGUAUCUACCAGCGCCUGCGGAAGCGGAGGUGGGUGUUUCGCAAGGGCGCCUACAGCUCGCAGGCUUGGCAGAUGAAGCGGAUCAAUGGGAUCCUUGUGGUGAUGGUGGCUGCCUUUGCCGUGCUCUGGCUGCCCCUGCAUGUGUUCAACAGCCUGGAGGACUGGUACCAUGAGGCCAUCCCCAUCUGUCAUGGCAACCUCAUCUUCUUGGUAUGUCACCUGCUCGCCAUGGCCUCCACCUGUGUCAACCCUUUCAUCUAUGGGUUUCUCAACACCAACUUCAAGAAAGAGGUCAAGGCUCUGGUGCUGACUUGCCAGCAGAGUGCCCCCGUGGAGGAGUCUGAGCAUCUGCCCCUGUCCACAGUGCAAACGGAAGUGUCCAAAGGCUCUCUGAGGCUCAGUGGGAGGUCCAACCCCAUGUAGCCAGGUCUGCGGCUUCUCCCUGCUAUGUUCAUUGCCAGGCUCCUUCACUUAGCUAAGUGGGCAUCCUGCAAGCUGAGGGUGGCGCUCUGUCACUACUGGCUUUCUGGGGCCCAAAUAGGCUGACAAGAGCCUGUUUUUGCAUCCAUUUGCAUUGUGAAGCCUGACAUUCAGGUGGUUCAGCUCUUUAUUCCUAGGAGAAUUCUGAGUCUGGAUUCUGCGGGUCACAGUAUGCCUUACAAUUGAGCAGUUGCCAGAGCCGGAGAUGGUCUGCUUGUAGCAGGCAGAGUUCAUUCUGAUAACCCAGCAACAGAUGCCUAGCCUGGAAACCCAUGGGUUUCACUUCCACCAGUGAGACUGCGAGGGCACUUUGGGGUGAGGGAAGGAGCACGAGGGGUCAGAACUCUGGACCUUGGUCGGCCCCUACCCUCUGUGAGAGAUGACGUUUGUGGAAAGGGCUUGGAAGUGGUAAAGAAUGCUAUAGAGGCAAGACAGUGGGAUGACUGUGACAUCAUUAGCACAUCCAGCUGCAAAGCACAGAACCUGGUAGCCUUGGGUCCUCACACUCCUCUGCGGU